GAAAGCCUUGUCAAAAUGCCACUCUCUCCAUCUGUACUCAAAGCUCUAAUAGCAACUCCUGCCAUCUCUCCAAUGGCUAAAUCAACCCCAAAGCUCACAAAAACUGCACUUGGUUGGGCUGCUCACGACUCCUCUGGCAAGUUGACACCAUUUAUCUUCAAGAGAAGAGAAAAUGGAGUUGAUGAUGUGACCAUCAAGAUAUUGUAUUGUGGGAUGUGUCGUACAGAUGUGCACUUUGCCAAGAAUGAUUGGGGCAACACAGCCUAUCCUAUUGUUCCCGGGUAUGAAAUAACUGGAAUUGUAAUUAAGGUGGGAAGCAAUGUCUCAAACUUCAAGAUAGGGGGGAGAGUCGGAGUUGGAUAUGUAGCAGCAUCAUGUUUGGAUUGUGAACUUUGCAAGAGCUUCCAGGAGAAUUACUGUGAUCAUAUGAGACCUGUCUAUAAUAGCAUUCAUUGGGAUGGCAGUCCUACCUAUGGUGGUUACUCCACAAUGUUGGUUGCAGAUCACAGAUAUGUAGUGCACAUACCAGAGAGCUUGCCCAUGGAUAGAGCAGCACCACUAAUGGGAGCAGGGCUGACAGUAUACACUGCCAUGAAACACAGCAACUUAUUUGAAUCACAAGGAAAACAUAUGGCAGUAAUAGGUUUAGGAGGUGUUGGACAUAUGGCUAUCAAAUUUGGAAAGGCUUUUGGUCAUCAUGUUACUGUUAUUAGCACCUCUCCUUCUAAAGAAAAAGAUGCAAAAGAGAAAUUGGGUGCUGAUGGCUUUAUCUUGAGCACUGACCUCAAACAAAUGCAGAGGAACAGAAGAAGUCUAGAUUUUGUUAUAGACACAGUAUCAGCAAAGCAUUCUCUAGGGCCUUAUUUAGAGCUGCUAAAAGUGAAUGGAAUUAUAUCAAUUGUAGGAGAACCAGCUCAGCCAAUUGAAGUCCCAGCUACACCUUUGAUAUAUGGCAAGAAAGUUAUUAGGGGUAGCAUUAUUGGAAGUGUGAAGGAGAUACAAGAGAUGAUUUACUUUUGUGGAGAACACAAUAUCUUGUGUGACAUAGAGGUUGUUUCAACUGAUAAAAUUAAUGAAGCCUUUGAUAGGCUUGCCAAGAAUGAUGUUAAGUUUCGAUUUGUCCUCAAUGUAGCUGGACACCAAUCCUCAAAGCUUUAGAGAGUUUCAAGAAUGGUGUUUAUUGUUCAAGGCUUUUACAUAGUUUCAAGUUGUUUGUGUUUUUUGGGAUUUUUUGGUGCGAAUUUUAAUUUUGUCGGGUCUCAAUGGAGAUAUCAGAAGCUGGGUGAAAAAAAAAAAUUGUUUGUGCUUCUUCUUGUAUGUAGCUUACUGUGUCUUGA